CAGUCUCUGCUCCGGGAAUCACAGAAAGGUCGGAUUCUGACACUUGGCAGAAGGGUGGCAAAGAAUCAAACAUCUACCCAAGAGAAACUACUUGAGCAUCUUGUGAGAGGAGAAAAAGGGACUUCUAGCAUUCAGGACCUGUAUCAAGACCUGUGUCAUAAAAGAAAUUUGAUGACCGUGGUGGUAGCAUCUUGUCUGUUAUGCUUCUUAAGAAUGUGUGAAUGUUAUCAUCACAUCAGUCAUGUCGUCCAUUGUAUCUUCCACCGUGCCCUAAAUGCAUGGUGCUGCCGGCACUCCCUCUUCAUAAAGACUGUCCAGACUGACUUUCCCAAAACCCACAUCCCCUUGGCAAUGAGAUCCUCCGGUCCAAGAUCCAUUGCAGCUUCCACAAUCUUAGGGAGCAGCCGGGAACCCGGAAUUUUUAAGUUGGAGAGCAGCUCCUUAGGCUUUCAAUCCCCUCUCCCCUACUGCCGAAGAACGCUCUUAGGUGCCGAUAAGGGGUGGCCUGCCGCCGCCAUCCUUUUGCAUCGCCUCGACACCCCAGCUGCUAUCCUGUACUGUCCAACAGAGAGAACCGUGACAGGAUCAAGGCACAGACUUCUCAAGACCCUGCUCUCAAGUCCUAGACAUACCCAAGGCCCAUACUCAGACGGAAUCCACCAGCAAGAGGGCUGCGGCGCACUGUCUACAUCCGUUCCCAAAAGAGGAGGCCACUCUCAUACACAUGGUGACUUGAACCCAGUCUCUUGCCCAGGAGGAAGGAGAGUUACCAACAUCAUAUCAAUAGCACAAUAAAACAAAGAUCUUCCUUACUGAUCAAUUCCCCCCCCCCACCUUUCCAGCCACCUCUCUGUUCCCUUUCACUGCCUUCCACCUUUGUCUGUCUUCUUUUCUACCUUCCUCCCUGCUGGGUGGUUCCUCAGGAGUUGCUGCCUCCUCCAAGGUUCACCCCAUCCCCACUUAGGGGUUUUUUGGCAGUGAGUUCAAUCACUGGCUCCAAUCUCCCGCCACCAUACUAGGGAACCCCAAGGUACAUAGACAUUGUCUCCAACAUUCUUGACUUCUGGGGAGGAGAUGAGCUCUCUUUGCUGGGGAGAGAAGCUUAAUUCCUCUCCCUUCCCUCCCGUUAACCUCUUUUGGAAGGACUGAGAAGGAACUGCCACCCCCCAAUACUUGAUUUGUCUCACUUUCCUGAGCUCUGAAUGUUGGGUACUUGACCGGCGUCUGCUGUCAGUCUAGCUCUUCUUCCAUCUGUAGGAGGACCUUCUGUCCCUUCCUGAGGCACUUCAGCUGUACCUUGGCCAAGCCUCAGCUUUGAAUCAUUUUAGUCCUUCCUUCAACCCUGCACAAGUAAACCGAUUCUAUCCUACCUUCUCCAACAGAUGGGACUACUGGCUUUCACUUACCUUGAGUGGAAAGAAAGAGACCGCCCCCCUACCUCCAAGAUGCAUCAUGGCCUAGGGAGACUCGGGGGACACCUUGUAUAGAAUAAAAGUAGAUAAAAAGGGAUGUUAGAGCCUACUCUGGGAUAUUAGGGGUCCCAAGGUAGCUUAGGGGACUGCUUUUAUAUACGCUUGUGGAUGAGCCAAGAGCCCCGAGUAGUACCUGAGUGAAUAGAUCUUAUGUACCCCUAAAUUCAACUAUCUUGGCUAAACAAAGAAAAUCUACAUUUAGUCUCAAAAUAAUCACAGAAGAUAGCGAUUUGAAUACACAGAAUUGAGGACAUAUCACUCAGCUGGGAACAUUUGGCAUCAUUUCAGAAAGAAAGAGAGUCUUUAAAGGAAUUCCUCCCCCCCACUACCAUACUCUAGACCAGGGGUCCUCCAACUUUUUAAAUAGGGGGCCAGUUCACUGUCCAUCAGACUGUUGGAGGGCUGGACUAUAGUAAAAACGAAAACUUUGUUUUGUGGGCCUUUAAAAGGGCACUGGGCUCUCCUCCAUUAAAUGCUCCCCACCCCCUGCUAGCCUAGAGAAAAAGAGCUCAAGUGGGCAAAAGAAGUACAGUUCUGAUGGGUGGCACAAGACAUAACUAAGCAAAGUUAAGCUGAGGCAAUUUCAGGGAGAUCAACAAACUAAAAAGAGAUGGAAGGCUUUUGAUAACCCACACACAUCACCAUGGAGGAAAGUGGGGUGAGGAUCUAGAACAGGUUCCACACAGAGGAGAUACCUUGGGGGGAUGAACCCCCCAUUCAGACCAGAGUAAAACUUACCAAAAAAGUAACAGAGAGAACUUCUGGGAUUCUUAAUGGGUGAGGAGAGUGGGGAAGUAGGAGUUCCAAAUGCUCCCCCUUGUUAUUCUUUUAAGUCUACUCCAAGAAUGAUUUGAGGGUUUCUGCUUUCUCCCUAAACAGUGGCUAACAAUUACUUGUGGUAUGGGAUCAAGGGAGAUAGAUCCCUUGACCUCCUCUAAUCUACCACAUGACCAGAUUGGAUUAAACUUUCUAACAAAUGAAAAACUAUACUUUGUUCUCUAAGUUCAUUCUUGGUUAUCAGUAGUCCUGGCGCAGGCCUUCUAUUUCAUCUUCCCAGAUUAUGCUUUCUCCAAAACCUACCGAGUUCUAAUGAUAUUGACUCGCUUCUGUGGCCAAACAUUCCAGCACUCCACAUUUGAUAAUAUUCGAAAUAUUAUCUUGCUAAAUUGUUCCUCUCCCCCCUGUCUUCUUCAAGAACAAGGAAACCACAAUCUUCUGGCAGCCUCUUGAGGUGACCAAGAUGAGGCACUGAGAAAAAUGACUUGUUAAUCCAGCUAAUACUUUAAACCUAUCUCUCUGCAGAGAGGGCAGCCUGACCCUCAUUACUCCAGUGUAACAUCAGGAGGGUCCGAGAAAGUGGCUGCUUAAAUUCACAGCCUUUUUUUUUUAAACCACUCUACACCCCUGUUCAUUUGACUAGAUCAGUGGUUCUCAAACUUUUAUUUUCAGUAUCUUUAUCCUAUUAAAAAUGAUUGAGG